AUCAUAUUGCAACAGUUCACAUAGCAGACCGGGCAUAAUGCAGACAAGACGCCGAAUCUUAGCAAAUUACUGCCUGCAUGAGAGCAACAUUAGUGACACAAUAAACAGCAACACUAGUCAUCUUUGGAGAAGUACAUCCUAAUUUUGUCCAGGGUCGAGCAUCUACCAUUCUCUCUCCCCGCAGCCGCAGGUUACUCUGCUCCCGUCGCCACAAAGUACAAAACCCCCCAAAGAAAGACACCCUCCUAUUUAUAUUUAUCACACACGCUCCGCUCCCUCUCCACAUGCACACACCCUUAACCCAGCACCGGUGUCACCGCCAAUGAAAGUGGCAGAAUAUCUCGGAGCCAAGUAUAUCUGGCGAUGGCCGAGGCCAAGGACAUGCACGAGCAGACCACCGGCUGCCUCCCCGUCGACCAGUCCUGCUUCGCUCUCUCCCGCCUCUCCAAGGCGUACCGCAGCGCCGCCCACGACGACAUCGACCCGGCCUGCUGCUCCACCACGUCCUACCUCGAGGUCCUCGGCAUCUCCUUCGCCUCGCUGCUCAUCAUCCUCUUCGUGCUCUGCAUGAUCCGCUGCUACCUCAUGCGCCGGGCCGUGAACCGGGUCACGGUCGGGGCAUCGGCAUCGGCAUCGACGGCGGCGUCCACGGCGGCCAAGAAGCGGCCCACGGGGCUCAGCAAGGCCGCCAUCGCCGCGCUGCCCAAGUUCGAGUACCGGGGCACCGGCGACGACGAGGGCGACCGGUGGGAGUGCGCGAUAUGCCUCUGCGCCAUGGCCGACGGCGAGGUGGCCAGGCAGCUGCCCGGGUGCAUGCACCUCUUCCACAGGGCCUGCGUCGACAUGUGGCUCGUGGCGCACACCACGUGCCCCGUGUGCCGGGCCGAGGUGGUCAAGCCGCCGCCGGACGACGUCAAGGCCGGCGGGCCGUCGGAGCCAGCCAGGUUGGAGGAUGGCGAGAGGGAUCUGGAGGCGCAAUAGCUAACGUGACGGGCGCAGGACGCGUCUGCAUUUGCUACUCUAGGAUUCUUUUCGUCUGGUUUGUAGGUGUAUUAUUAGGUGUAGUAGUAUUAUUUUUGGCGCCCCGUCAGGAGGUGAUUUUGAACCGUUUGAUUUUCGACCGGUUUUCGGGAGAAAAAAGAACACGUGAAAAGAAAGGCGAGUGAUUUUUGGCA